AUGAUGCUUAAAACUCAAAAGACUGUCGCUUCUCCAAUGCAAAAAUUGGUGAGAUUUUUAGUGAGAGGACACAAACUUUCACCACAACAAGGAGCUGAAAUUAUGCACCACAUUGAAAAUAAUACUCUCAAAUUAAGAAAUGAAUUAAAGUAUAAGGAAUAUAUUGGAAAAGCCUUCACCGGAGAAAAUACACCAAAUGUUACAGCCUACGUUAAUGGAUUGGGUACCGUUAAUAGAGUUGUUGUUGAUGAAUCCCUCUCUAAAUUGUCUAAAAACAGAUUGGAAAGUUUCAUCGUCUCUGCUGUUGCUAAAGCUCUCAAGCAACCAAAGGAACACGUCCAUCAAAACAUGAAAAACAUUAACACUGAGGCCAUGUCUCUCCUCUAUAACGCUUUGGAAUCAUACAACUCCAAGUUGGACUCACUCACUGAUGACUAUAAUCAAAUUAUUAGACAAGCCUUCGUCAAUGACCAAUUAUAUGCUAAUGCUCUCUAUCAACAAGUUUUGGAAGAAUCAUUCAAGCCUGAAGGAUAUCUGCAUGAAGAUGAAGAAUUACUUUACAUUGAAAAGAAGAAGCAAGGACUCAGCGAAAGAGAAAUGGAUAACAUUAUGUUGGGAGAUAAGGUCCCUGAUAGUAGUUUGUUGUAA